AUGGAUGUACUGAUGAAGGGGUUCAGUAUGGCCAAGGAGGGGGUGGUGGCCGCAGCAGAGAAGACCAAGGCUGGGGUGGAGGGGGCAGCCGCUAAGACCAAGGAGGGGGUUAUGUAUGUAGGUAAGUAUACCCACAGCACCGCAAUGAGUGAAUGCGUGAGUGAGUGAGUGUGUGUGUGCGUACGGUGAAGGGGCUCCAUGGUUGCACCAGUCUGGGACAGUUACAGUGAGGAAGGGGGAGGGAAGGGGAGGGGGUUGCCAAGGAGCAGAGGCAGAAUGCUGCAGAACUGGUGCAGAGAGGGAAAGAGGGAACGAGGGAACGAGGAGCAGAGGGGAUAGAAAGAAAGAGAUGGGGUGUGGUAGAGACAAGGGUGAAGAAAAGAAGAGAGGGGCAGAGAGGAAGACAUGGAGUGAAGAAAUCAGAUAAAGAGAGGAGGAUAGAGAGAGGUCUAGAGAGAAUAGACGGUGUGGAAAUGUCUCUGAAUAAGAGUCUGAGAAAAAGAGUGUGAUGAGAGAAAGAGAAAAGGAAGACGGAGGAAGAGAGAACUAGAAGAGAGAGGGAAAGAUGUAGUGUGACAUUGGUGGGACUGCAGCAGUUCAUAAGAGCGCUAUAACAUGUUAUAACCUAGAUAAGACCAUGCCAAGGCUGCUACCACCAGACCAUUAGACAAGGUCCAAUACUGUGAUUCUGUGAGAGGGGAUACUGUGAGAGGGGAUUCUGUGAGAGGGGAUUCUGUGAGAGGGGAUACUGUGAGAGGGGAUACUGUGAGAGGGGAUACUGUGAGAGGGGAUUCUGUGAGAGGGGAUACUGUGAGAGGGGAUUCUGUGAGAGGGGAUACUGUGAGAGGGGAUACUGUGAGAGGGGAUACUGUGAGAGGGGAUUCUGUGAGAGGGGAUACUGUGAGAGGGGAUACUGUGAGAGGGGAUUCUGUGAGAGGGGAUACUGUGAGAGGGGAUACUGUGAGAGGGGAUACUGUGAGAGGGGAUUCUGUGAGAGGGGAUACUGUGAGAGGGGAUACUGUGAGAGGGGAUUCUGUGAGAGGGGAUUCACCAGUGUGUGUGUGAGUGUGUUUGUGCAUCACAGCUCAAGGUUAGCCUGUGUGAGCUGAGUAUUACAGCAAUCCUCUCUUCCCGGUGUGUGGUGUGUGUGUGUGUGUGUGUGUCCACACAUGCUGCAGGCUAGUGUGUGACUGCUGAUGACUAAUUACCUUCCUCCCCCUUCAGAGUUUAUAGACCUCUACAGACAGAGGGAGUGAUGGGAAGAGAGAAAGUAUAAAUCAAUGCUGAUUUAUACUAAACAAAAAUAUAAACGCAACAUGCAAUAAUUUCAAAGAUUUUACUGAGUUACAGUUCAUAUGAGGAAAUCAGUCAAUUGAAAUAAAUAAAUUAGGGCCUAAUCUAUGGAUUUCACAUGACUGGGAAUACAGAUAUGCAUCUGUUGGUCACAGAUACCUAAAAUAAAUGGGCCUCACAAUUGCCCUCAGGAUCUCGUCACGGUAUUUCUGCAUUCAAAUUGCCAUUGAUAAACUGCAAUUGUGUUCGUUGUCCGUAGCUUAUGCCUGCCCAUACCAUAACCCCACUGCCACCAUGGGGCACUCUGUUUACAACGUUGACAUCAGCCAACCACUUGCCCACACAAUGCCAUACACGUGGUCUGCGGUUGUGACACUGGUUGGACAUACUGCCAAAUUCUCUAAAACGAUGUUGGAGGCGGCUUAUGGUAGGGAAAUUAACAUUAAAUUAUCUGGCAACAGCUUUGGUGGACAUUCCUGCAGUCAGCAUGCCAAUUGCACGCUCCCUCAAAACUUGAGACAUCUGUGACCUUGUGUUGUGUGAGUGGCCUUUUAUUGUCCCCAGCACAAGGGGCACCUGUGUAAUGAGCAUGCUGGUUAGUCAACUUCUUGAUAUGCCACACCUGUCAGGUGGAUGGAUUAUCUUGGCAAAGGAGCAAUGCUCACGAACAGGAAUGUAAACAAAUUUGUGCACAAAAUUUGCAAGAAAUACGUUUUUUUGUGCGUAUGGAACAUUUCUGGGAUCUUUUAUUUCAGCUCAUGAAACAUGGGACCAACACUUUACAUGUUGCGUUUAUAUUUUUGUUCAGUGUACAUUUAAAAGAGCGAGAGAGAGAGCGAGAAUAGACCCUGGUGUUACGUCAUUGAUCUGGCUGCUUCCUGCCCCAUGGCUUAGAGAUGAACAGAUGGAGAAAGAGAUGGAUAAAGCAAGAGAGCUUCAGUGCUGGGUUGCUUACAUUUGCGUAACCUGUACAAGUGUGUGGUGUGGAAAUGUAUUUUGUGCAUAUCCCACUCAGAGUGUGGGGUCACAGCCAGAUAUCAGCCAUUAUUGAGCAAUUAGGGUUAAGUGCUUGCCCAAGGGCAGAUCGACCGAUUUUUUCACCUAAUCAACUCACUAGCAACCUUUCAGUUACUGGCACAAUGCUCUUACUGCUAGGCUACCUGCCGUGUAGAGUGUUAAUGUUCCUGAACACCUACUGUAUCUACACGCUAAGAAAAGAGAGUUCCUCAAGGGGAAGGGUGAUGGUUCUAUGUGGAACCAUAAUGACUCUUUUAGUGAUAAUUAAAAUGUAGGACCGGCUGCUCAUUCAAAUAUUUUGGGGCGUGGUUUACGCACAGCUCUUUUUGUGCAACCGUGAGUGAGAGUGUCAUUCCAGUUUAUCUAGCAUGUUGUGUUAUGCUGUUACAUGUUAUAUAUGAUUAUGGCCGUUGACAGUGUUUGUUAAAUAUUCACAUAUGGUCUUGUGUCAAGUGAGAACAGUUACAUAAGUCAUUAAUUCUCUCUUCAAAGACCCCCAGCUGUUCUAGAGCUAGCACACCUGAUUUAAUUUGUCAGUUAACACAAUAAUACUGCCUAUGGAAUUUUAACAAUAUAAAAUGGCUGACCAGAAUAAAAAAAACCUGUAUGCUUCCUAAAAAGGAUCUACAAAGAACUUUUGAUUUUGGGGAAGAUUCUUUAUAGAAUCAUUCUCCAUAAAGGUUCUAUAAAGAACCAUAGAAAAAUGUUUUAUAUAGCCCCGAAAAGAGUUGUAACAAUACACUGUAAAAAAUUUAACUUUUUUUAUGGUAACUUACUGGCAGCCAGGAACCUGUAAGUUACUAUAAAAAAAGUAUAGUAUGUUACCAUAAAUUCCAAAGAAACUGCUUUAACAGUACAUUGCUGUAAAGAUGUGCCGGUUUUGUUUUCUUUACAGGUUUUACAGUGUAGCAGAGUCCUUUUUUGGUGCUAUAUACUACCUUUAAUUAAUGGUUCUUUAUAGAACCUUAGGAAAGGGUUCUUUAUAGCACCAUAAGGUUCCAUUAAGUACCUUAUGAGCAUGGUUCUUUAUAGAACCUUCAAAAAAGGGUUCUACAGUAUAUAGUGCCGAAAAGGGAUGCGCUAUGGUUACAAGCCAAAGAACCCUUAUUUGGCACUAUAUAGAAACGUCAGCAGAGUGCGUGUGUGCGUGUGUGUGUGUGUGUGCGUGUGUGUGCGUGUGUGCGUGUGUGCGCCAGGGCUCAGGGGGAGUCGUUCCAAUCAAAACAAAUGGAUUAUUACUUCUAUCACAAAAUACAAUGCAAUUUUACCCAGAAUGCAACUCCUCUCUAACAAGGUCAUCCACUUAGAGUUUACUGUGCAUGUGGGUGUGUUGUAUGUGUUUGCUCUCAUAUGUGUAUUGUCAUUUCACAGGUCAUUGGCUGCAGAGGAGCUCUCUUUCAGGGGUAAACCCUGCUGCUAAACAGCUAGAAAAAGAACACUGUAGUGGUCCUUGGUCUGGAUACUGUUGACUAGGGAUGGGCAACUUUGAUGGGGGGUGGGAGCCACAAGAAAUUUGAACUCAUCAUGGGGGCCGCAGUGGCUCGUGGGUCUGUGUAGGCACGUCCAGACCCACACAUAAAGUCAGAGCAGGCCCUAGCUUUUGGGGGCCCUAAGUGACAUUUUGUUGCAAGCAAAACAUUUUAGCGGCCCCCCUUUUUGACAGCGUAGAGAAAAAAUGUCCUACAAUUCCACACAUUUCGCCAAGGGACAUAGAGAAAAUGUUUUAGUUUUAAAGCAUGUUUGCUGAAAUUCUACACAUUUUGCCAUGGGGCGGAGACAAGCAUUAGCAAUUUUCUAAGUCAUUUCAUGCAAAUCUACUCAUUCUACUCUACUCAUAACCCAAAAUGUUACUUGGACUUAUUGCACCCAUUACUGAAAUGGUUAUUCCAGUUUCGAUAAUUAGGUAUUAGAAUGACCCUGGCAAUUCUGGCCCCCCUACCUCUGCGGAAGCACAGUUCCCGCAUAGCCCAGUCAAAACUGUUCGCUGCUCUGGCACCCCAAUGGUGGAACAAGCUCCCUCACAACGCCAGGACAGCGGAGUCACUCACCACCUUCCAGAGACACUUCAAACCCCACCUCUUUAAGGAAUACCUGGGAUAGGAUAAAGUAAUCCUUCUACCCCCCCCCCCCCCCCCCCCAUACCCCACCAAAAAAACAAAUAAGGUGAAUGCACCAAUUUGUAAGUCGCUCUGGAUAAGAGCGUCUGCUAAAUGACGUAAAUGUAAAUGUAAAUGUUAUUUCAUAAGGCCUUAUUUUGAGGGCGUAGUUUUACCCUAAUACAGGGGCCUGAAAACUUCAACUCUAACUAACUGAUUGGAUUAGUUUAGAAACAUUUAUAUUAUGUAUAUUUGUGUAGCAUAAGAUUAAUCAAUCAGUGUACAUGCAAAAACAUAGAUACUGAAACAAACAAUUCUGAAAAUCAACCUGCAAUAGAGCAUGCUGGGAAAUAUGAUAAUGAUAAGUGUGGUUUUUGGUUUAAAGUGACAUGUUUGAGUUUCAGGCCCCUGUAUUAGGGUAAAACUAGGCCCUGAAAAUAAGGCCUUAUGAAAUAUGUAUGGUACUGUGUAAAAAAUAAAAUGACAUAUUCACUUAGGUUGUCACGUAGUGAAGUCCUCCGGACUGAAAAUGGAUGAAUGCAACAAGCAUGUCUCUGUCACUAACAAAUACAGUCAUGGGUGGUAACUCUACAAUUUACUCGAAAGGCAAAGCACUCUGGGAGAUAUUUGAAUAAGGCUUUACACUAAGCAGUGUGUUAAUUUAACAAUGUCCUGGUGUCUAUAGGGGUCCACAGACUCAACACUUUCAGUGUUGAUUUAACACUGUCAGUCUUGUUGUUUUUGUAACACUGGAGAAUUUGCUGUGCACACACACACGUAAUAGAUAGAAGCUCCUCUGACUUGGAGAAGGAAACAUUGUCUUAGCCGUGCUGCAACGUGUGUGUGUGUGUGUUUGUGUAUGUGUGUGUGUGUGUGUGUGUGUGUGUGUGUGCGUGCGUGCGUAUUAGUGUGUGUCUGCUGCAGCACUGCACUGCUCGGCACCUGGCUCACAGAGUGCGAGAAGUGUGCAGAGAGAAAGAGAGAGAGGUGUACGAGAGAAAGAAAAAGAGAGAGAAACAGAGGAUGGAUGAAGCGAGAGUGAGAGGUAUAGAGUCCUCUGUAGCUCAGUUGGUAGAGCAUGGCGCUUGUAACGCCAGGGUAGUGGGUUCGAUCCCCGGGACCACCCAUACAUAAAAAUGUAUGCGCACAUGACUGUAAGUCGCUUUGGAUAAAAGCAUCUGCUAAAUGACAUAUUAUUAGGUAUAGAGAGAGGUAGAGAGAGAAAGUGAGAGUACUUAUAUCCAAUCAACUGUAUGCUAUGGAGCAUGUGCUUUUGUAUGUGAAAUAGAUAUAUCAUUUGACUGGUUUUGUGCUGGAUUUGCUCGUGCAUUUUCUCUCCAUCCCCCUCCCUCUAUCUAGUCUUCUCUCCAUCCUCCCUCCCUCUAUCUAGUUCUCUCCAUCCUCCCUCCCCUAUCUAGUUCUCUCCAUCCAUCCUCCCUCCCUCUAUCUAGUUGUCUCUCCAUCCUCCCUCCCCUAUCUAGUUCUCUCCAUCCUCCCUCCCUCUAUCUAGUUGUCUCUCCAUCCUCCCUCCCUCUAUCUAGUUCUCUCCAUCCCCCCUCCCUCUAUCUAGUUGUCUCUCCAUCCUCCCUCCCCUAUCUAGUUCUCUCCAUCCUCCCUCCCUCUAUCUAGUUGUCUCUCCAUCCUCCCUCCCUCUAUCUAGUUCUCUCCAUCCCCCCCUCCCUCUAUCUAGUUGUCUCUCCAUCCUCCCUCCCCUAUCUAGUUCUCUCCAUCCUCCCUCCCUCUAUCUAGUUGUCUCUCCAUCCUCCCUCCCUCUAUCUAGUUCUCUCCAUCCCCCCUCCCUCUAUCUAGUUGUCUCUCCAUCCUCCCUCCCCUAUCUAGUUCUCUCCAUCCUCCCUCCCUCUAUCUAGUUGUCUCUCCAUCCUCCCUCCCUCUAUCUAGUUCUCUCCAUCCCCCCUCCCUCUAUCUAGUUGUCUCUCCAUCCUCCCUCCCUCUAUCUAGUUGUCUCUCCAUCCUCCCUCCCUCUAUCUAGUUGUCUCUCCAUCCUCCCUCCCUCUAUCUAGUUCUCUCCAUCCUUCCUCCCUCUAUCUAGUUCUCUCCAUCCAUCCUCCCUCCCUCUAUCUAGUUCUCUCCAUCCUCCCUCCCCUAUCUAGUUCUCUCCAUCCUCCCUCCCCUAUCUAGUUCUCUCCAUCCAUCCUCCCUCCCUCUAUCUAGUUCUCUCCAUCCAUCCUCCCUCCCUCUAUCUAGUCUUCUCUCCAUCCUCCCUCCCUCUAUCUAGUUGUCUCUCCACCCCCCUCCCUCUAUCUAGUUGUCUCUCCAACCUCCCUCCCUCUAUCUAGUUCUCUCCAUCCUUCCUCCCUCUAUCUAGUUCUCUCCAUCCAUCCUCCCUCCCUCUAUCUAGUUCUCUCCAUCCUCCCUCCCCUAUCUAGUUCUCUCCAUCCUCCCUCCCCUAUCUAGUUCUCUCCAUCCAUCCUCCCUCCCUCUAUCUAGUUCUCUCCAUCCAUCCUCCCUCCCUCUAUCUAGUCUUCUCUCCAUCCUCCUUCCCUCUAUCUAGUUGUCUCUCCAACCUCCCUCCCUCUAUCUAGUUCUCUCCAUCCUUCCUCCCUCUAUCUAGUUUUCUCUCCAUCCCCCCUCCCUCUAUCUAGUUUUCUCUCCAUCCCCCCUCCCUCUAUCUAGUUUUAUCUCCAUCCCCCUCCCUCUAUCUAGUUCUCUCCUUCCCUCCCUUUUCCUUUCCCUGUAUCCAGCUGGUUGCAUAACGACUAUUUAAUCAGCCUAGGAAUGUAUAAUACUGUGAUGUCAGGGAGAGAGACAGAGAGAGAGAGAGAGAGAGAGAGACAGAGAGAGAGGGGGGUUGGAGAGAGAGACAGAGAGAGAGAGACAGAGAGAGAGAGACAGAGAGACAGAGAGAGAGAGACAGAGAGAGACCGAGAGAGACCGAGAGAGACCGAGAGAGAGAGACCGAGAGAGACAGAGAGAGAGAGAGAGAGAGAGAGAGACAGAAGAGAGAGAUAAGAGAGAGAGAAGAGAGAGGAGAGAGAGAGAGAGAGGAGAGCUAGAGAGAGAGGGGCGCUCGUGAGGGGUUGAUCUCGCGCUCGUCUCUUGCUGCUUCAGAUCUCUCUCUCUCUGGGCGCUCUCUCUCUCUCUCUCUCUCUUUUCGCUAUCCUCGCUCCCCUCCUCUCUCUCUCUCUCCUCUUCCUCCCUCGCGCUCCGUCGCCUCUCUUCUCUCGUCUGUCUUCGCUCCCCCCCUCUCUCUCUGUUUGCUCUCUCUUCUCUCUCUCGCUUCGAUCUCUCCUCUCUCUCGAUCUCUCUCGCUUUUUGUUUGCUCGUUCUCUGCUCUGUACCUCUCUUUUCGCUCUCUAUCUAGCUUGCCUCGCCCGCAGAGGAAACUAUAAUGCUUGAAGAUUACAACAGAUUUCUGUUGAAUGCACUCAUUAACACAGUAGUUCCUAGGUUACGUUUACAUAGUAUAUCACAAAACAGAUGCCUCAAUUGCAGUGAUUGUAAUAUAUUGAUGUGUUGUGGUGUCUUCCUGUCCUCAGGUUCAAAGACAAAGGAGGGAAUGGACGCAGGAGUAAACAUAGGUAAGACACACGCGCACACACACACACACAUACACAUUAUUUUGGGAUCUGAUUGGUUGAUUGAUUGAUUGAUAAAUUGAUCUCUGUGUGUCAGUUGCUAACCGCGACCAGGCGAACAUCGUCGGGGACCCCACUGCUGCCGGAGCUGACCUCUUACAGGGAGGCAUGGAGAAUACCGGACAAGGGGUGAGUUACCAUGACAACAGAUUUAAAAAAAGAUUGAUUGAUGAAUUAUUAGUGACUGACAGGUCAAUGUGAAUAAGAAUAUACAAAUGAUCAAUUAACACAAUAACCGGUAAGGAAUGGCAGAAUUCCAUUGACAUAAUACUAGACACAGUAACUUGACCUUAUCAAUCAGGUAGCCUCUGAAAGCCCAGGCUUCUGGCCUCGCAAGACUAUCAGUCAGGUGACACAGCACCCUUUUGAAAGGAUUACAACAGAAUGAGAAAUACAAGGUCGAGUAACAACAAGGUUGAGUAACAACAAGGUCGAGUAACAACAUGAUUGAGUAACAUGAUUGAGUAACAACAUGAUUGCAGACUCAAAAAGCAUAACAGUCUCCACAUCCUUCAGUCAGUGUCAGACAGUAGCACCGUGCUGAUGCCACAAGAGCAGUCUGCUGUUUGACCAGUUGGUGACGCUAUUUCCCACAGUACAGCUGCUCUGAUAGAUAGACGGACGGGUGGACAGACGGACAGACAGACAGACAGACAGACAGACAGGAGAAUGGCAGCUCCUUUAAUAGCCAGUGGUUCAGAAGUUCAGGCAGAUUAGGUUUGAUGGUAGACCUAUAACUCACUCCACAUUCCCAAUAUGAAUAUGUGUUGGUGUUGUGUUGGUGUUGUGUUGGUGUUGUGUUGUUGUUGUGUUGGUGUUAGUGUUGUGUUGUGUUGUGUUGGUGUUGUGUUGGUGUUGUGUUGGUGUUGUGUUGUUGUUGUGUUGGUGUUGGUGUUGGUGUUGGUGUUGUGCUGUGUUGGUGUUGGUGUUGUGUUGGUGUUGUGUUGGUGUUGUGUUGUUGUUGUGUUGUUGUUGUUGUGUUGGUGUUGUGUUGGUGUUGUGUUGCUAACCCUUUGUUGUUGUUGUGUUUGUUUCCUCUAUGUUCCGUUGGUAGGAGGAGCCUCAGCCUGUGUACGAGGUGCCUAUUGGACAGGAGAGGGAAGGGGGGGGAUCAGAUGUUAUAGCUUGUGUUGGGGUGGCUGGCUAG